AUUAUAAAUAUUUUUCUCUAAUGUACCUUAGUAUCUCCCACCUUUAUAUUUGUUGGGAUUCAUUAGCAUUUGAAGACUUCAUCUAUGCAUUAGAUCCCCAGAUCGAAGUCAGAUCAAAGGCAAAUUUUGUUACUGAAACUGCUUUCAUAAGAGAUGAACUUCUUCAUGGCAACCAAGUUUAUCUGAAUUUUAAUCUUUCAAGAACCUUUCUUUACAUCCACAUACAACCACUUCAAUGAGAACAUCCAAAUUUCCAUGUAGGGGAUUGGAUUAUCGUCUAUUCCUUCUGAUUUUUGCUGUAUGUUUGGUGUUGUAUGGAACAGUUUCAAGAUUGAAUGCUCCAAAUGUUUCUUAUGCCACAAUAUCUAAGUUACGGCACUUCAAUCCUAAGCAUGUUAUAUCAAAAGGAAAAGGGUACCCUCCUGUGCUUGCAUAUUGGAUACUUGGCAGCAAAGGAGAGAGUAAGAAGAUGUUGAGGCUGCUGAAGGCUUUAUACCAUCCAAGAAAUCAGUACCUACUUCAGCUUGAUGAUCGUUCCUCUGAGUCUGAAAGAAUGGAUUUAGCUAUUUCAGUUAAAUCCAUUAAGGUGUUUGAGGAAUAUGGAAACGUGAAUGUCAUUGGGAAAAGUUAUGCCAUCAAUAGGAUGGGAUCUUCUGCUCUUUCUGCUCCUCUGCAUGCUGCUGCUUUGCUUCUUAAACUAAACCCAGAUUGGGACUGGUUCAUCACCUUAAGUGCUUCAGAUUAUCCUCUCAUGACUCAGGAUGAUAUCCUUCAUGCUUUCACAUUUUUGCCAAGAUAUGUCAACUUCAUUCAUUACACUAACAAGACAGUUCGGAACGAGCAACGAGACAUUAAUCAAAUUGUGGUAGACCAAAGUUUACACUAUGAAAAGAAUAGUCCACUUUUCUUUGCUGUGGAGUCCCGAGAUACCCCAGAUGCUUUUAAGCUAUUUCGAGGUUCACCCUGGAUGAUUCUUACAAGAUCCUUUAUGGAGUACUGUGUUAGAGGAUGGGACAAUUUACCAAGAAAACUUCUAAUGUUCUUCAGCAAUGUGGCUUAUCCUCUGGAAUCAUAUUUCCACACAGUGCUGUGUAACUCCCACGAGUUCCAGAAUACCACUGUGGACAAUAAUCUAAUGUACAGUCUUUGGGACACUGAUCCAUCUGAAUCCCAAUUACUUGACAUGUCACACUAUGAUACAAUGCUGGAAACUGGGGCUGCAUUUGCACACCCAUUUGGCGAAGAUGAUGUGGUUCUGGAGAAAAUUGAUGAUUUGAUUCUUAACCGAUCAUCUAGUGGGUUGGUUCAAGGAGAGUGGUGUUCAAACUCAGAAAUAAACAAGACAACAAAGGUUUCAGAAGCUGAGGAAGAGUUCUGCUCGCAAUCUGGCAAUAUUGAUGCUGUAAAACCAGGGCCAUUUGGCAUCAAGCUUAAAACUCUACUAGCUGAUAUUGAGAACACAAGGAAAUUCAGAACUAGCCAGUGCAAAUCCUUUGAAAGUUGGUGACAAAAUAGGAUUUUGCCAAAACCACUUUGAAAAUGGAUCCUUUUUUAUCCAUGCUAACUGAAUGAGACUGUCUUUAUGAGAUUGCGCAUUGCUGUUAUUUAGGCCUGGAAGUUUGGAACAGAAGAUUCAAGAUUGUGUUUGCUCAAAGCUGAGUUUUGUUUCCAUUUCUCUACACUCACAGCACAAUUCUUUUUGUUCCUUUUGGUACUUUUUUCCAUGAAAAAUUUUAGGAUUGGUUUGGCUAAAAACUUACUACUAAAGAUAACAUUUAAGCUGGGACAUUUGUAGUUUAUCUGUUCAUACUUACAGUUGAAGCAAUCAAGCUCCUAGAGUUGCAUA